AAUCGAGAGUCCAACCAACCUCAUCUCCUCCCUCCUCUUCACUCGUCUCUCUCCUCGGCUCCUCACCUCGCUCCUACCUCCGCCCGCCGCCAAUGGCCACCAUCACCCCACUCGCCGUCCGCGCCGCCCCCUCCGGCCUCCUCUCGCACCGGCGGAACGGAGCCAAAGCACACCCGGGUCUCGGUGGACUGGAAUUAGCAACACAUGGCAUUUCUUCACGGCUGGGUGAGAGGAUGCAUUGCCAUUCUUCUCUCAGGAAAAACACAAUUGUAGCAUCAGAGAAUGAUAAUCCACCUUUAAUGCCGGCUAUCAUGACUCCCGGUGGCCCUCUUGAUUUGGCAACUGUACUAUUGGGAAAUCGUGUAAUCUUCAUUGGUCAAUAUAUUAACUCCCAAGUGGCACAGCGUGUGAUAUCGCAGCUUGUUACACUUGCUGCUGUUGAUGAAGAGGCUGAUAUUCUGAUCUACCUGAACUGUCCUGGUGGAAGUCUUUAUUCCAUCUUAGCUAUCUACGAUUGCAUGUCAUGGAUAAAACCCAAAGUUGGGACAGUGGCCUUUGGUGUUGUUGCUAGUCAAGCAGCAAUCAUUCUUGCUGGUGGUGAGAAGGGAAUGCGCUACGCAAUGCCAAAUACUAGAGUAAUGAUUCAUCAACCUCAAGGUGGAUCAGAGGGUAAUGUGGAAGAGGUGAGGCGACAAGUUGGGGAAACCAUUUAUGCUCGUGAUAAAGUUGACAAAAUGUUUGCUGCUUUCACCGGGCAACCAUUGGACAUGGUGCAACAGUGGACAGAGAGGGAUCGCUUCAUGUCUUCUUCUGAGGCCAUGGAUUUUGGACUAGUUGACGCCCUUCUGGAAACAAGAUACUAGCAAAGGAACACGUACCCACAUUCUAUUAGCUGGGACUAGCGCAAAGACUGAAGAAUUGGAGCUGAAUUUAGAUGUUUGCCGCCCAUCUUGUUCAGCGCCUCAGAAUGACAGGAAGUCCGGACUGGAUAGCAAGAAUGAACGCCUUCGAACACAUGCUGAGCAAUAUUUUGGUCGAUCACUGUGUUAAUUACGACUUUUCCUCCUCUGCUUUUUGUAGUUGGUCGUGACACUCGCCAGCCUAUUAUGGUAGCUCAUAGGAUGGCGUGGUAAUGUUAAAGCGAUGAACAAUGUUUAGGGUAGGCCUAGAUGGUCCUUGCUGUUGCUGAUGGGAGAAAAAUGUCAGUUUGAUUUAGCAAACCAAUAGGAACAUCUGCAAAGUUGUAACAGGAUGACAGUGCUGUGAAUUUUGCAGUUGCAACGGAAGACAUGUUUUGUUCA